GGCAGGGGGAGCCGGGCGGGGUGGUGGUGUCUCUUCCCGGCGCCUGGCCUUGCUGCGGGAUCGGGGCCGCCGGAGCCAGGCCUUUUCCCCCAAUGAAUGACGUUCCCCAAGGAUGGAUUACAUUGGCGAUGCCUCUUUGGUCCCUUGCGGCCAAGACAAGUACAUCAACAAGAAUGAGUUGCUGUUGCACUUGAAGACAUACAACUUGUACUACGAAGGGCAGAAUUUGCAGCUGCGGCACCGAGAGGAGGAAGGGGAGCUGCUCGUGGAGGGCCUGCUGAACGUGUGCUGGGGGCUGCGCCGCCCCAUCCGCCUUCAGAUGCAGGACGACCACCAGCGCCUGCGCCCACCGCCCUCCUCCUCCUCCUGGCACUCCGGCUGCAACCUGGGCCCACGCGGGUCCGUCAUAAAGCCCUCGACUUUGCCAGACAUCCAGGUGACGGAGGCCGAACCCUCUUUGGACGGCGAUGGAGUCGAUGUCGGACCCGAUGAGCAGGAGCGCCAGCCCCAGCCAGAGGAGGCCCCACAGCUGAUGCGCACCCGGAGUGAUGUGGGCGUACGCCGCAGGGGGAACCUCCGCACGCCCAGUGAGCAGCGCCGCAUCAGGCGCCACCGCUUCUCCAUCAACGGCCAUUUCUACAACCACAAAACGUCGGUUUUCACUCCGGCUUAUGGCUCCGUCACCAACGUCCGGAUCAACAGCACCAUGACAACCCCGCAAGUCCUCAAGCUCCUGCUCAACAAAUUCAAGAUUGAAAACUCGGCGGAAGAAUUUGCCCUCUACAUUGUCCACACCAGUGGAGAGAAGCAGAAGUUGAAGGCCACCGACUUCCCCUUGGUGGCCCGGAUCCUGCAAGGCCCCUGCGAACAGGUCUCCAGGGUCUUCCUGAUGGAGAAGGACCAGGUGGAGGAGAUCACUUAUGAUGUUGCGCAAUACAUCAAGUUUGAAAUGCCGGUCCUGAAAAGCUUCAUCCAGAAGCUGAAGGAGGAAGAAGACCGCGAAGUGAAGAAACUACGCCGCAAGUAUUCAGCCCUGCGUUCAAUGAUUGAGCAGCGCUUGGAAGAGAUCUCCAAAGGCCCAGCGUUGAUGUGAAUGGCGCUUUUGGAAGGAAACGCCAGAAGAAGAGAAAUGCUCUGUUUACAUGAUGAACGGCUGGAACUAAACUUGAAACUGGAGCUGGCCUUGAGCCCAUGGCCUGCCUUUCUUUCUUUCCUCCCUUUUCAGUUAUUGGACGCAACAGAGCUUCUUUCUACAGGAGCCAUAUGUGUCUUUUGCUGGGCAAAUGGUUUGAAUAUUCUCGUUUUAUUUUGCAAGGGCAUCCUUUCCCGAUUUAGUAAUAAGAGUCGUUUGCAAGAUGCAACCCGUCACCAGCUUUAUUCCCAACUUCUCUGCCUCUCGAUCUUAAUCCCCCUCCCAUUCUUGGGUGUGUCUACACUAGGGAUGUAAUGCACAUUUGGCACCACUUUCGGAAGUGCCAUGGAUCAAGGCUGUGGAAUCCCGAAAGCUGUAUUUUUGGGAAAGCAUUGAGCCUUCACCAAACUGCAACAAUGGGCGCUUCCAGGCAGCACCAAAUUGUGGGUUUUCCAUGAGGGGCAAAAAACCCCCAAAAAACAGGACCUUGGAGCAGC